ACCUCUCUCUCUCUCUCUCUCUCUCUCACUCUCUCUCUUCUCUCUCAUCUAUCAGUCAAACCCUAAUUCCGAUGACGGUACCUAAUUCCGACGACGGUGACCGGAGUUUAACGGAGGUAAUCUCAUCUCUCAUCGACUCUAUACCUAACCUUCUUAGCUUCAAGUGUAAAUGGUCUUCAAUUCGCGCCAAACUCGCCGAUCUCAAGACUCAGCUCUCUGAUUUCUCCGAUUUCGCUGGCUCUUCUUCAAACAAGCUCGCUCUAGAUCUUCUGGUUUCGGUUCGUGAGACGCUAAACGACGCUGUUGCCGUUGCAGCGAGGUGUGAGGGACCAGAUUUGGCUGAAGGUAAGCUCAAGACGCAGAGUGAAGUUGACUCAGUCAUGGCGAGACUCGACCGACAUGUGAAAGAUGCUGAGGUUUUGAUUAAGAGCGGACUGCUUCAGGAUAACGGAAUCGUUGCUGUUUCGGGAUUUUCGAUUUCGUCGAAGAAGGAAGCUGUUCGAUUUAAAGCGAGGAAUCUAGUUAUUAGAUUACAGAUCGGUGGAGUUGAAUCGAAGAAUUCAGCGAUUGAUUCGUUGCUUGAGUUACUUCAUGAAGAUGAUAAGAACGUGAUGAUCUGUGUAGCUCAAGGAGUUGUUCCUGUUUUGGUUCGGUUGCUUGACUCGUGUUCUUUAGGGAUGAAGGAGAAGAUUGUAGCUGUGAUAUCUAGAAUCUCUAUGGUUGAGAGUAGUAAACAUGUGUUAAUAGCUGAAGGCUUGUCUCUAUUGAAUCAUCUCCUUCGUGUUCUGGAAUCAGGAAGUGGUUUUGCUAAAGAGAAGGCUUGUAUUGCUUUACAAGCUUUAAGUUUGUCUAAGGAGAAUGCGAGAGCGAUUGGUUGUAGAGGUGGAAUCUCUUCGUUGCUGGAGAUAUGUCAAGCUGGGAGUCCUGGUUCUCAGGCUUUUGCUGCUGGUGUUUUGAGGAAUCUUGCUUCGUUUGUGGAGACUAAAGAGAAUUUUGUAGAGGAAAACGCGAUUUUCGUUCUUAUUUCUAUGGUUUCUUCUGGUACAUCUCUAGCUCAAGAGAACGCUGUAGGAUGUUUGGCUAAUUUAACGACUGGGGAUGAGGAUUUGAUGAUAUCAAUUGUUAGAGAAGGAGGGAUUCAGUGUUUAAAGAACUUCUGGGAUUCUGUUUCUAAUGUUAAGACUCUGGAGGUUGGAGUUGUGCUUCUAAAGAAUUUAGCUUUGUGUCCUAUUGUGAGAGAAGUUGUUAUCUCUGAAGGGUUUAUCCCUCGUUUGGUUCCAGUGUUGAGUUGUGGGUUUCUCGGUGUGAGGAUUGCAGCUGCUGAGGCGGUUUCCUCGCUAGCUUUUAGCUCAAAAACCCGAAAAGAAAUUGGUGAAAGCGGAUGCAUUGGUCCCCUGAUUGAUACGUUAGAUGGUAAAGCCAUUGAAGAGAAAGAAGCAGCUUCCAAAGCUCUGUCAACUUUAUUAGUGUGCACGAGCAACAGAAAGAUUUUUAAGAAGAGUGAGAAGGGAAUAGUCAGUCUUGUUCAGCUCUUGGACCCGAAGAUUAAGAAAUUAGAUAAGCAAUACACAAUCUCUGCAUUGGAACUGCUUGUAACUUCUAAGAAAUGCAGGAAACAAGUUGUUGCUCUUGGUGCUUGCUUGCAUUUACAAAAGCUUGUGGAGAUGGAUGUUGAAGGAGCUAAGAAAUUGGCGGAGAAUCUUUCCCGGAGUAAGAUUUGGGGCGUCUUUACAAGGCCAUAGGAGACUCUGGAUACGAUGUUAACCUGUAUGUAAGAGACAUAUCGGCGAUUCUCGAUUUUUUUUUCUUCGUUUUCUCUAUAUGUUGUUUGAUGAUUUGAUUGUUCAUAAGGCUUGGCUGAUUGAAGUAGGCAGAGUAAUUGCUGAUUAGUCUGUAGACAAAAAUAAUAAUAUCUUUGUAGAGUUUGUAAUCUUCUUAUCUUAAUUUUCUUUGUGAGUUAAUCAUAUCAGAGUUUGAUUUGAUCCUUCA